CAGAUCACAGGGAAGUAGACCGGAACGCGUGAAUCCAACGUACAUUGGUGGAGUAUGAAUGAUGACAGCCAAUUUUGGACACAAAUAGACCAUUUGACUGAAGAUUUGAAGAAUGAAGAAAGGGCCCGGAAACUGAGAGAACAGUUCUGCCAAACAAGAGACCAAGACGCUGUCAAAUAUGUGAGAACACAAGACAUCACAAGACAAGAGGUGUUGCACAGGAUUGAAGCCGUUGUUGAGAAUGUGGUGACUUGUAUUGCAAGGGGAGAGGCUCUGUAUCUUAGCUACGGCAGGAGAAACAGCUGGGAUAGUGUGAGUUUCAGAGAAGAUGUAGGACUGGAGAUGAAGAAUGAUGCAAAGAUGACAGAAGUGAGAUUUGAUGUACCGACCUCAACAAAUAGAUUUACCCUUAUGUUGAAGGUUCUAGCCUUGUGCUACAGACUUGUGCAGACUGAUACAUAUUCAACAAAAAGGGACCUGUAUUACAGUGAUGUUCAGUCAUUUGGCAGCCAGUCAAUCGUUGAUGACAUCAUUGACAACCUCUGCUGUUUAUUGCAAGUACCAAGACGAUGCCUUCACGUUCUGGCUACAUCAAAAGGGUUGGUCUAUGGAGAUCUGUGCUUCACUGAUGCUUCCGGAUCCUACAUAGAUUGUAGCAACAAUAGAACAGGAACACAAGUGACAAAUCAUGUUGGGGGAAUUUCAAACAUACACAGCCAUGCUAAGUUUGUGUUGAUCAUAGAGAAAGAUGCUACCUUUCAGAAGAUCAUAGAUGAUGGACUGAUGGACAGAAUGCGGAACUGCAUCAUUAUCACUGGUAAAGGUUUCCCAGACAUUAACACCAGAAUGAUGGUUCGUAAGCUCUGGGACACCCUGCACAUUCCUGUGUUUGCUUUAGUAGAUGCUGAUCCACAUGGCUUAGCUAUCCUCUUUGUGUACAAGUUUGGAUCUAGGUCGCUGAGCUAUGAAUCCCACAGCCUGACGGUCCCAUCAAUACGAUGGCUUGGAGUAUUACCCUCUGAUGUCAAAGGAUUGCGAAUCCCUGAGAAGGCACUUGUACCACUCUCUCCGUCAGACCUGAAGAAAGCUUCACACCUCAUGAGAAGACCCUUCUAUAAAGAACUCCCACAAUGGAUGUCAGAGCUUCAAGAGAUGUUGCACUCCGGAUACAAGGCUGAAAUCCAGAGCUUAACGGCCAUCUCAGAGACCUUCCUCACUGAUGUCUAUCUACCGACUAAACUAAGAUGUGGAGGAUGGCUUUGAGCAGAUGGGAGGAGGCACAACUACACGGUUCAUAGUCUCUAAACAAAGGGAUGCCAAUUUUCAAGCAAAAGCCUAAAUUCAGGCCCUAGCGAUUUAUUUCAGGCCAUAGUUUAGGUCUUUUUGUGUACAAAAUAGCUCAUUCUUGAUGAUUUUCAGGCCAUCUGGUCAAUUUAACUGGCAUACCUGUAAACAGUAUACCUAUAAAACAAACAGUUUGCAUCGAUGGACAUGCAAAUCCUUUACAUUUUGUUGCAGUUUUCAACUUGUAUCUUGCAUUCAUUAUGAACAGAAUAUCUUCAUUUUUUUUUUUGGAGUUUCUCUCUAAUUACACACCUCAAAUGUUUCUUUAAAUAGUCUGUGAUAAUCAGUGUGGCUUAUAUUUUCAGUUUGUUCAAUCCGAUCUAUGCCGGUCUUUCUACAGACUUGCAAGAUAGUGUUUUAAAAGAUAAGUAAAUGAAGUAAAAAGGUUAAAAAGAAAACCUUGAUGCAUGAAGAAACAGGAUUUUAAAAAAAAUCUGCUCGUUGGAAUAUUAAUUUUAAAGAUUCU